GGGGAAACCAGCUGAUCGUCGGGCGGCGAUGGGAGCGCGUGGAGGCACGGAGCUGCCUCGGCGCGAGGGCGUGUCCCCGCAAAUCGCCUCACUUUCGUCGCUGUCGGGUAAAAUGCGCGGGGAACGGGCGAAGAGCAAAACGCCUGAACCGCAGUCCGAUCGCUCAUCGUCGGAUCACCAGUGCAGCGAUGCGUUGGUGGCAGCUCACCUCGGGCAUCCUUCCUGUCUAAUUCGGAUGUCACCCGAUCAGGUGCUGGUCAAAGAUGAACUCGGCGAAACCGCUAUGCACAAAGCUGCCCGAGCUAGGGAUUUUCAGUCGGCUAAAUUGCUGUUGGAAAAAGCGCCAAUCUUGCGUGAAGUGACGUCACUGAGUGGCGAAUCACCGGCCCACAUCGCUGUCGCCGUUGGAGAUGAACGAAUAGUGGAACUGCUACUGUCUGGACGUCUCAAGGACACACUCAGGGCAGCAAUGAUCAGGGACAUCAAUGGCACAUCGGUUUUGAUAGCCAGUGUGGCUCGAGGAAACAACAACUUGGCGCUAUGGCUUCUGAAACGAUUUGGGAAGGAUCUAGCUUCGCUGCCGAACAAUUGCCAGAUGACUGCUCUACAUGUGGCCGCUGCACAGGCAAACUUGGAGUACAUCAAGGAUGCCACAAGGUUGGAUCCAAAAUCUGUCGACGCACGGGACGCAUUCGGUUGUACUCCGUGUGCUUAUGCCGUACAAGGAGGCAAUAUCGACGUUGUGAGAUACUUCGUGGAAAAGGCUCAUGCCGAAAUGGGAAGUGUCAGUCGGAGAGGUCAAUCUCUACUGCACAUUGCAUCGCUUUGCGGUCAUGAGCACAUUGUUCGCUGGAUUCUGAAUCGUGCCGGUAACAACGUAAUUCUAUGGCCGACACUUGACAAUGCAAAUGCUGUACAUUGUGCUGCGUAUAGCGGUAGCGUUCCUGUGCUGCGACUUCUUCUACGACCAUGGUCUCGAAAGAAGCGAAAAGCAGUGCUGGCGAAACAGGAUUGUAGGGGAAACACUCCCCUUCAUCUUGCAGCGAUGAACGACCAUGCCGAUGCGGUAGUCUACUUGCUUGAAUCAGAUGCAAACCCCUUGGCGGUAAAUGCAUGCGGAUACAGCCCUCAGGCUAUCGCUAAUAUGCGCGGUAACCCUCAAAUGGCAGCAUUCAUCGCUGGAUUCAAUGCAAAAAAUCCUCAACCAAUUUCACAGAGAACGCCGUUGACGGUGGAGACACAGAGCUUCCCGGCGGAGCGCUCCACUACUGUACCUCUUUCACCGGUGAUCAAGAGGACGAUGUCACCAAGAGAUUCGAGCUCAGGAUAUUCCUCGAAUGCCGAGUACUACAUGGAAUCACCAAUCGAUCGGGCUGAAGUAGUCCGUCAGAGGAUGCAGUACGUUGAAGACCAUCCAAGUUCCUAUCAGACAAGUUCACCCAGAAGCGAAAUCGAGUUGGAAGAUGAUGGAGCGGAAGUGAUACGUAGAAGAAUGCGCUAUGUUGAGGACGAUACGAGUUCGUUGAAGGAUAGCGCUGCACAAACUGACAGAGACAGUCUUGUGGAUCAUAUCAAGGUCCUGGAUGAUGAAACUUGGGCUGGAAUGGGGCUAUCGGCUGUUGAACACAUAGACCGAGUUCUUGAAGAAGUUGAUUUGAACUGAUCAAUUCAAAUACAUCACAUCAUUUUCACAUACAACCAGUGACCUUUUCUUCAUUGCAAAAGUUGAUGUUAUUAUAGUAGAACUAGAACGUCAUUCUUCAUUAGAGUUUAGCCUGCCUAAAUGUUCAUUUUUUCUCACAAAGCAUUUCACUUGUUUAUUUCGAUGAUGGCGUUGCUGCAAUGUAUCUUUCUGUAUAUCAUUCCAAUCAUUCACUUUGUUAUUGUAAUCGCUACGAAUGAAGGUUUCCAC